AUGUUAGGAGCCCGUCAAGGUUUUACUGCUCGAGUUAAGCAAGAAAAUCCAUGUGUGGUGAUUGUUCACUGUCUCCUCCACCGUGAAAAUCUUGCUGCUCAGAAACUGUCAAAAGACUUGCACAAGGUGAUGAAUGAGGUAAUUCAGAUCGUUAAUUUCAUCAAAGCUAGGGCUCUCAACUCAAGGUUAUUCUCUCAAAUGUGCUCUGACUUUGAUUCUACACAUAUGCAUCUGUUGUACCACUCUGAAGUUAGGUGGCUGUCACGAGGAAAGGUUCUUCAACGAUUGCUUGAGUUGCGGACUGAGACAGAGAUGUUUCUGACUGAAAAGAAACAUCAAUUGGCCCACAAAUUCUCAGAUUCAAACUGGUUGAUGCAAGUAGCGUAUCUUGCAGAUAUAUUUGCUGAGAUUAAUUCCCUGAAUAUGUCAAUGCAAGGUCGUGAUCAAACAUUAGUUGGGGUUUCUGAGAAACUGUCAUCAUUCAAAGCAAAACUGAAGUUGUGGAUGAAUAAAGUAAAGGCAGAAAAAACAGCAUCAUUUCCCUCCCUAAAUAUACUUCUGGAGAACGAAAACUAUUCUCUCAGCCAAGUCCAAGACACUAUUGUGCAACACAUGUCCAAGCUGGUCACAGAAUUUGACCAUUACAUUCCAGAAAAUGCACAAAAAUACAGUUGGAUCAGAAACCCAUUCAACAUUGAAGCUGAAGACCUACCUGAGGAAAUAUCAAACAUCAACAACCUACAGGAGCAGCUCAUUGAGAUCCAGAGUGAUGAAGCACUUCAUUAUGAUUUUAAAAGGCAACAUGAAUCACUAAGCUCAUUUUGGAUAAAAGUGUACAAAGAAAAAACAAUUCUUGGAGGUGAAGCCAUGAAAGCCCUCCUUCCAUUUGCUACAACAUAUUUGUGUGAGGCAGGAUUUUCUGCCCUGACAGUUACAAAGACCAAGUACAGAAACCGCCUGCAACCUGAGGAUGAUCUAAGAUGCAGUCUAACAUCAAAAUCACCCAGAUUUGAGGAGCUGGUCAACACACUUCAGUGUCAAGGUUCUCACUGA